AUGAAUCGAGACGGCUGCCUUCAGCAAGAUCGAGAGGUAGUCAGCGACAGCCGAUGGCCAGAGAGGGAGGGAGGUGUCAGCGCUGAUCGCGCAGAGCCCGCCAUGCGCACGACUGAGAUGAUGCAUGCGGUGCCUGGGCAGCCAGUUGCGGUGGAGGACGAGGCGGGUUGA